AUGGUACCACCCACACAUAGAAGACCGUUGUUGCAAAGGUACCGCGGGACCUUGUUCUACUCGCUAGCUAGCAUCGCUACAUUGGUGACCACUGGAUCGUUGGUGGUGUACUUCAUUAAGAGAUGGCUUGUCAAGCAGCAAUUGAAGAUUACGGAACAGCAUUACGUGAGGGAGAAGAUAAGGAGACGGUUUGAGCAGACACAGGAGGACUCACUCGUUACGGUGGAUGAGUUGAUCCCCGUCCUCCUAUUGUCUUUGAAUGAACCGGAGGGACUGGAUUUGAAUUUGGAUCAAUUGGUCAUAGAGAUUAAAGGUGCUAAAGAUGCAAGGAAGAGGGAGUUGUGGAACCAACUGACGUUAAAGAGUGUGGAAAAAUGUGUUUGGUCCACCUAUAUGAUUUCCUCUUUGUUAUUAUUAACAAGAUUACAAUUGAAUAUAUUGACCAGAAGAGAAUAUUUAGAUAGUGCUAUUAAAUCUGCAGUGCAAAGGGAAUCGGAAACAUCUAAUACUCAAUAUACUUUGGUGAAAUGGGUUACUAGUGCGUGGAGUGCUUGGUCAUCCGCCGAUGCUGGGCAACUUCAACCAUCGCCAGUUAAUGUUCUUGAAAGGAAUACAAUAACGAGGAAUUCAUACAUCAACGAACAGGCAUUCUUAUCCAUAUCAUGGUGGUUAUUGAAUCGCGGAUGGUUGCGCUACAAGACUUUAAUUCAGGAGACCAUCCGUUCCGAAUUCGCUCAAUUAAACCCAAAGGAUGAACUAACAUUAAAGGAAUUCAGUGACCGUCUCCGCAAUGUGUUCCAUAAGAUCAAUGGACAAUUAUUCGGUGAAGAUUGCUCCGCUUUGAAAGAAAUCCUGCUACCUGUUUCCACGAUGGAAGCCUUUGUCUUGCAACAAACAUUAGACCCAGAGUCUCUAAUAAUUCUUAAGGAAGAUAAGACGAUAUUGCAUCAACUGCUGGGUGAGACGAUUGAAUGCGUAGCCAGUGUUGCAUCCUCCAUCGUCUUGGAGAACUUGGUUAAUGAAUCUUUCCAUUACAUAUUAAAUGACCUCGAAUCCCUAGUGGCAAAAAAGAAAAACAAGAGGAAACAACAACAACAGCAGCAGCAGGAACAAUCUUUACCACCGGAUACACUGCAGCCAGCUGAAAAGGCAGCCGAAGGCUCGUAUCAAAUGGCCAUGUUCGCCAUUAGUUGCAAAGAUUGUUGCGCGAAGAUACUGCAAAACGGUAGAGAUCAAAGGGGGAAUACGUUCCUGAAACGCCUAAAUGGGGUUACUACCUUGGAUGAUUUGAGUUCCAGCGUGUACAGCAACUUUGGGUUCUAG